GUGUCGCUUUCUGAAUGCGUCACUCACUUGCGGUUCCGUUGCAUGCUUGCUUUAGCGACAGUGAAAAGGUUUUGCUUUGCCGGACAUUUUAACGGGUUUUGACGUUUAUUCUUCGCCAUGUCGUCUCUUCUGAAGGUCGACCGCGACCUGAAGACCAGGGUGGAAACAUUCAGGGAGCAGAUCAGCAGUGAGGCCGAGCACCUGGUCGCCAGCUUCUUCCCCAAAAAGCUCCUGGAGUUGGAUCAGUUUCUCAAGGAGCCGAUUCUCAACGUGACCGACCUGAAAGACAUCCAUUCAGAGAUUAAGUUCAAAGUCCCGGAGCCGAUUCUUUUUACCAACAGCCAUGACGUCGGUGACAUGAAUACCAAGAAAAGGAAACUAGAAGAUGGAGUCACUGAUGAGAGCUGGCAAGGGGGAACCACAAACCUGGUGGUGCCAGAGGGGAUGUUGAAAUGCAACACCAAGCUGGUGGACCUGAUUGAAAGAGUUAAGCCAGAGAUCAGGACAUUGAUUGAGAAGUGUAACACAGUAAAGAUGUGGGUCCAGCUGCUCAUCCCCAGGAUAGAAGAUGGAAAUAACUUUGGCGUCUCCAUACAGGAGGAGACGGUGGCAGAGCUGAGGACGGUGGAGUCCGAGGCGGCAUCCUACUUGGACCAGAUCUCCAGAUAUUACAUCACAAGAGCCAAGCUCGUCUCCAAAAUCGUCAAGUACCCUCAUGUGGAGGACUAUAGAAGGACCAUAACGGAGAUCGAUGAGAAGGAGUACAUCAGUUUGAAAAUCAUCGUUUCGGAGCUCCGGAAUCAAUAUGUGAUUCUUCAUGAUAUGAUCCUGAAGAACAUUGAGAAGAUCAAGAAACCCAGAAACAGCAACGCUGAAGCUCUUUACUGACAAACCCCUAUACACACACACACACACACACACACACACACACACACACACACACACACACACACACACACACACACACACACACACACACACACACACACACACACACACACACAAGCUCAGUCAAACAGUCCUGACCAAUUAUUCUAGCUUUUGUUUUGGAGUAAAACCUCAAGACAAUUCAUGAAGUGUCAAAUAUGAUGCUGCCUUUUGACCGAUGCUGUGCUGAUAUUCAGUAAUGAAAAGUUUAAACAUAAUGAUGCUCUCUCUUCUGAAACCGUAGUGAGCCAUAGACGUAAGAAAAAAAACAUGCAUACAUUUCAGCUAUUGGGGAACCCGCCUCAUCUUUGUUUUUUGUCCUUGCUCUGCAGUCAUCAACAUGCUUUCUGACGUGUAACCUUCAGUUUGGGCUUUCCAGUACUCUGGAACCUGACCUCGGACUCUUCUUGGUUUGCUUUUCUUACAAUAAUUAUCCUGACUUCACGCUUCUGGAGCAAAGAUUGCCUCCAUGGCCGUCCUCCCAUCUGCUCCACUGGGGCUUCCUCUCUGGGUUAACUGUAGCCCCCCCCCCCCCCAAGAUGCUCUGCCUCUCCCAGUUGACUGUCAAGGAACCAUCUGCUCAAAUGGUAUGCAGAUAGAUUACUUUCCUAGUGGCUUCACAAAACAGCUGUAGUUCUGUAGUUUUAGUUGUUGUAGUUAUCCUGACGCACAGAGAUUUGACUGUACAGUUUAUAAAGACCUGAUGGAGGAUUCCUGCUUCUUUAUUUCUCCCCCUGCCCACUGUGCUUUGUUUUGUUUCGUGCUUGUAGCAUCUUAGCGUCGGUGACAUUUGAAAACACUUUUGCAUCCCAAGAAAAAAUAAAUAAGUGCCCCUCGAGGUCCAGACACACAUUGAACCUGGGAUCCUCUGAGAAUGGUCUGCAAACGGCAGUGUUCAUAAAGGGUUGCACUGUUGCUGGAUGCAAACUCAGCAAUGUGCCUCCAUGUGUCUCUCUCUUGUGAUCAAGCAGGCUUGAACUGGAAACGUUUUGUCAAAUUGGUUUUGAAUACAGCAACGAGAGUGUCUGGUUUCACUUGAACAUUUUUAUUUUUUAUCUGGAGUUUUCAGUUUUCACCAGAUUUAGUCACCUCAUGAAGCAAUACUGAAGUCAACUUGCCUGUGGAAGAUGACAUGGUGAAGUUAGGGACUGUCUUUAAAGUGCACGCAAAUAUGAUUUCAUUUUAAGCUUUUAAGCAAACAAAGGGAUAAAGGAAUGGACCAGAUGGGGAUUGUUACUUUGUUCAAAUUCCUACUGACUCAUAAUCGCUUUUGAAUAAAUUGGAAUGCAACCCAUGUAGCCCUUUUUAAAAAAUAUUUCUUUGAAGAACAUGGCGAGGUGUAUUCACUGUCAGUUGUGAAGAGACCAGACCAGAGACCAUUUUCUUUUAAUCAGAAUAAACUCUUGACAAGUAAAAUCUGGAGUCUCUCCCUCUGUUCUGAAGAAGCAAACGCUCUCUCGGGAAACAAAAAUAAAACUAUUUGUCCAAAGCAGGGGUGUCUCAUUUCAGUUAAUGUGCAGGACCAGUAAAACCAUUGUAUAAUAAAAUAUGAAAACACUUUCAAA